AUGAUGCAUCACGCCGCGGGUCUCGACCUGGGCCUCGGCCUCGGGCUCGGGCUCGCCUCCCAGGGCAGCCUCACGUCCUCCACCACCACCGCAUCCUCCUCCCCGGCCUCGCAGGCGCACGCGCAGCACUGGACCGCCGCUUUCAGCUCCGUCGUCGGCGCGCAGGAGUACGAGCGGCAGCAGCUGCUGCAUAGAAAGGAGGAGCCGGGGAUGAGACCGUCCACGUCGCCCGAGAGCGGCGUCAGCGCCGGGACCAAGAGGGGCCUGGAGCGCACCGGCUCCGGCGUCUCCCCCGCCACGGGCAGCGACGAGGACGACGACGGCGCCGGCGGCCGCAAGAAGCUCAGGCUCUCCAAGGACCAGGCCGCCGUCCUCGAGGAGUGCUUCAAGAUGCACAGCACGCUCAACCCCAAGCAGAAGACGGCGCUGGCGAACCGGCUGGGGCUGCGGCCGCGGCAGGUGGAGGUGUGGUUCCAGAACCGCCGCGCGCGCACCAAACUCAAGCAGACGGAGGUGGACUGCGAGUACAUGAAGCGCUGGUGCGAGCAGCUCGCCGAGCAGAACCGCCGCCUCGAGAAGGAGGUGGCCGAGCUCAGGGCGCUCAAGGCCGCACCGCCGGCGCAUAACGGCGCCGCGGCGGGGCCCCUCACCACCCUCACCAUGUGCCUCUCCUGCAAGCGCGUCGCAUCCACGUCCUCCGCCUCGGCCUGCAACGUGCCCAGCUUUUCCGCCAAUGCCGGCAUCGGCAUGCCAAUGCCAUCCCUCGAAGAACGGCCGUUCUUGUGUGGGUUCAGAGACACCGGAGUGACGUACGGCGGCUCUUCGGGGCUCGCGAAGGUGGUCAAGCCGGCCAGAUAG